AUGGCCUCCCUCUCGAAACUCCCAUUUCCGGAGCGGGCUGUCGCUCACCCCCACCCUGUUGCCAAACGACUCUUUCAGAUCGCCGAGACCAAGAAAUCCAAUCUGGUGAUAUCCGCAGAUCUGACCGAUAGCGAGAGCCUGCUUCAAUGCGCUGAUAGCCUUGGACCUUACAUUGCCGUGUUCAAGACUCAUGUCGAUGUGGUCGCGGACUUUGGUGAUGAGACCAUUCAAGGGCUCAAGGAGUUAUCCAAGAAGCAUAACUUUCUGAUCUUCGAAGAUCGCAAGCUCGUGGACAUCGGCAACACUGUCCAGAAACAGUACCACGGCGGCGUCUUACGCCUCUCGGAAUGGGCCGACAUCGUGAACCUCAGCGUCCUGGGCGGGGAUGGAAUCGUUGAGGCGCUAGAUCAGAUUGUGACGGCACCCAGUUUUCCCUUUCCCGAGCAGAGGGCCUUUCUGAUCUUGGCGGAGAUGACUUCGAAGGGUAGCCUGGCCACCGGGUCAUACACUCAGAAAUGCAUCGACAUAGCCCGCAAGUGCCCACGAUCCAUGAUUGGCUUUGUCGCAACGAGGGCGCUCGGUGAGGCUCAGCCGGACGAGAAUGAAGAUUUUCUGGUCUUCACCACUGGCGUAAACCUGGCAAGCCAGGGCGACAAGUUGGAUCAGCAGUAUCAGACACCCGCGAGCGCGGUCGAACGUGGCGCGGACUUCAUCAUUGCUAGUAGAGGUAUCUACGCUUCUGCAAACCCCGUGGAAGCCGCGAAGCAGUAUCAAGCUGCAGGGUGGGCUGCAUACCUCAAGAGAACUCGAGCGUGA